AUGAACUCUUCCAACGUAGAACUUCAAAAAGCUACUGUAUAUCAAUCCUGUAAUGACGAAUAUAAAAGAGGUGUGAUACUAAACAGAGAGAAGAUAGCUAAGGCAUUUCCUGAUAUCGAUACUGACAAUGAUUGGGAAGUGAUAUCGGAAAUCUUGCAAACUGCAAAAGAUAUUCAGCCUGAAUAUUAUAAAUCCAAAGGAACGUCAAUACCGCCAGAUGAAAUACUACAAAAGUUCAACCCAACUGGAAUUAGAGUACCAAUGCGCUCUCGUGAAGAGCUUCUGAAGUCUAGGAGCCCAUUACCACUGCUGGAUUUGUUAAAAGCGCUUCAUUACUACACCAGUAGAAAAGUUUCAAAAUUAGACAAGAAAGAUAGGCUAAAAUUGGAAAAUAAUUUCGAUGAGACUGCUCUUCUAAGCUUGGGGUCGUUGGUGGAAGACUUAGCCGAGAGAUUGAUAGGUGAACAUGGCAUAGAAAUAUUCACAGAGAGAGACUCAUCUGAAAAUGUAGAUAGGGAUGAAGAAGAGCCCAGCGAAAGUGAAGGGAGUGAAGCAGACGAAGACCAAGACGAUCACGACGACUCUGCUGGUAGCAUUAGUGACAUAAGUUUUUAG